CAGAAUAUAUCAACACCACACACCAUACCAGCUCUAGUGGGUGUUAACAUACAUACACACACCCAAAUAUAUAUAUAAACACUACUAUAUAUCCCCAUAACUAUAUAAACUAUAAACAUUACAAACAAUGUCUUAAUAGAGGAACGAUGAACACAGUGCUAUAAUAUGAACAGUAAUGAACACAAAUGAACAGGUGUUGAAAGUUCAGGUGCAUUACACUUGAGAAAGAGAUCAACACUACAGCCUAAAGUUACCUGCUGUAUCAUCAUUAAGACACCUGCUGGCUGCCUACUUCAUCAAGGUGCCUGCCUACUCUAGAGAAGCAGCAGCAACAACAGCAACGGCACAGCAGCAGGUCAGCAAUUGUCGACCAGCAGCGGCCUCCAGUAUGUGCGGCUCCCUGCUGAUGCACGCCUUCCUCCUCCUGCAGUUCACAGAUGUGCUCCUGGUGAAUAGUAAGAUGCGCACGAAUCCCACCGGUAACAAUGUGGAGCCUCAGCCCAUGGGUAUGACAGAUUGGGGGGUGUUCUCCUCCAAGGGCCCACACUUCGCCCCCGACUCCCCCAGGCACGUCACAGCUGCUGUCGGCGCCCCUGCCCACGUCCCCUGCAAGGCCAGAAACCUCGGCUCUAAGUCGUCUUCAAUGAAAGUUUGGGAUUAUUAUAAGGUGUCGUGGAUCCGUCACAGGGACCUACACGUUCUGACGGUGAGCUCCUUCACCUUCACCAACGACGAGAGGUUCUCAGCACACCGGGACCCUGCUACAGGUGACUGGGUGUUAGUCCUUCGUCGGCCACAACCUUCAGACUCCGGCUUCUACGAGUGUUCCAUCUCCACCAAACCUGUGACAGCCAUCAGUGUUAAACUCGAUGUGGUUGUCCCGACGGCGGAGUUGUUGGGUGAUGGAGGCGGGGUCUACCUGGAUCGUGGGAGCACCUUGAAUCUCACCUGUGUCGUCCACUUCAGUCCCACGCCACCUGAGUUCAUUCUCUGGUACCACCGUGAAAAGCUGGUGAACUACGGCUCAAGAGACGGACGAGAGAUCAAGGUUGACACAGUACACUUGGGAGACACGACUCAUUCCUCCCUGCUGGUACACAACGCCACCGUCUGGGACUCCGGCAAGUACUCCUGCAAGCCAUCCAACGCUAACAAGAUCUCUAUCGGCGUCCACGUGUUGAAGAGUGAGACCCCCGCAGCCAUGCAGACGACCACCAGCAGCGCUCCACCAGCAACAGCCACCCACCUCCUCUCACCCGUCUUCGUCACCACCUUCUGCACCUUGACCGCCGUCGCUCACACUCCUAACGUCGCCGCCUCUUUACUCUUCUUCCUCUCCUCGUGCCUCUUGCUCCCCUUCUUCACCCUCUUCACCAACAGAUAAGGAACAGGCCUCGAACAAGUUGUCUAGGGUCAUACACGACACGAUCUGGUAUGGGGUUUUUUUUCAUCUUUUUUUAGCACUCGGGAGAUGAUGGACUGCAAGCGUGGGUGGUUGUGGAGGUAGAACUAGCCACCCAUAGCCAAAAUAGCCAAAACACGCCAUCAUGAGUGCUAUUAGCUAGCCAUAUAUCCCGCUAGUAGAGAGUCGUGAGAGGCGGGAGUGGUUUUGAGUCUGGUAAAACUUUUUAAGACAGCCUCAAAAAUAUUGCUGUUGUAAAUAUGUAUAACUUAAGUUUUCAGUAACUGUCUCGGUGUAGAGUCAGUCAGUCAGUCAGUCAGUCAGUACACGAGGACACGGUCUGGUUGACAGUGUUCAUCUUUAAACCUUAUAUCAUUAACUUCUUUCACUGUCAAUAUGUCACUGUUAUGUUGGUCAAUAUGUCACUGUUAUGUUGGUCAAUAUGUCACUGUUAUGUUGGUCAAUAUGUCACCGUAUGUUGGUCAGUUAUCACCAUACGAGAUGUUAUGACCUCUUUAUACCCCUCCUGGACACACGAGCUAUACGUCUGUCUGUUAUUGAUUGAUUUAACGCUUCUACCUGGACGGCUCACCUGGCAGAGGACUGAAGGUAUAACACAAGACGAGUUAAUUAAGUCUAAACAUCUAGCUCACCUUCUGCGCCUGCACCAAAUGUUUACAAAUCAUAUGUAGAGGUAAGGGUGCAACUUAGACUGGUCUAUGAAGGUUCAAAACAAAAUCUAACUAUUCUGACCUAACCUGACCUAGCCUAACCAACCUAACCUAAUCCAACCCAACUUAACCUAACCUAAUCACUAGUCUUGUGUUAUUGUCUUAGUCUACAGGUGAGCCGCUGGGAAGGUUAAUUAGGUGGUGGUGGUCCAGGUAUAUAGCAGUUCAUCUGUCCUUUACGUCUUCCAGAUCUGUCUGUCUGUGUGUCUGUGUGUCUUUUCUAUCUAUCUAUCUAUCUAUCUAUCUAUCUACAGCUCUAUUUAUCUACCUACCUACCUGCCGACCUACCUCUCUCUCUCUCUCUCUCUCUCUCUCUCAACCCAAGACUCAUAAACCUACACAUAUGCUCACUAAACACAAGUACGGAGUUAUAUUGUGUAAUCUUACAGUCUGGGAUGUGUGUGUGAGGUGAAAGGAGCUAUCAAGGUUCCUGUGGCAGCAUUAUAUAACUACAACAACUGUAAAACAUUUGUAUAUAUUUUUUGUACAUGUUGUAUGUGAUGAUCGCCAGAAGAGAGACGCCUGUGGCUGGUAGCUUGACUUAGUUCAUUAUGGAUAAUCUUCUUGUGGAUAUAUCUGUAGUAUUCAGUACUUCAAAAUUGUAUUAUUAUUGUUUUUUAUUUAUGAGUCCUGUUGGGAGGUACACACACCUGUUGAGAUGGUACACAUACCUGGUGGGGUGGCACAGACACCUGCUGGGAUGGUCCACACACCUGCUGCUAUGGUCCACACACUUGAUCGCCUCCUGGGGAAGUAAACACACAUUGUUAAAACUAUGAAAAAAAAGAAUUAAGUAAGAAAAAUGUAGAACAUGUACAUAUCUGAACAGCAUACUGUACAACACCAAGAGUUACGGGAGACAAGAACAAGUAUUAUCAUGACAGGGAACUUACAUAGUAAUCCAGUUAUUUUCUUAAGGUAAGCUUGACAGCGACACGAACUUACAACACAACCUCCCACUGUUCACAUGCUGGGCUACGAACCUAAAUCUUUCUCGUCACUAACCCACACACACCUCACAACAACUCUCUCUACUUAAUACAAAAGAUAACUUAUGUAAUAUACUUGAUAAAAUUUUAGUUACUUCACAUAAUAUAAGUGAAAUCUGUUUGAGUUAAAUUAGUUUAGUUCGGGAUGUUAGUUUGAGCCGAAGUGUCAUGUCUGCUCUGGCGCCAUCAGACAAUAUUUCCGGGUUGAUAUCUCUUUACAUCUACACAAUAAGACCUUCAAGUGGCCACAGAGGGAGGACACGAUAUUCACGUUAGUUCAGGGUUGUUGCUUUUGUAUCAAUAUCGAGCGUUAAUGUUAAAUAUCCACUCUUCUUUAGAUAAAUAUAACAUUGGUUCAAGCAGAGGGAAUAACAAGCGUGUACUAGGGAUUACAGUAUAAUUUUGUAAUAAUAGUUGAUAUUAUGUCACCUCUAUCUGGCUUACAACACAUUGACUCCAGAUAUGAUUUUGUAAUAUUAUUUGGCCUAUAGUUCGUUUAUCGCUGUUUUAUUGCUUCCUCAUCUUUAUUGUCCUGUUUCAUCAUUAUUGUUUAUCUUACAUUUUCUCACAGCUUUAUUCUCUUUCAUCUUUACAUUAUAUUACAUUUUCUUAACAUUCGUCACUAUUGAUUCAGGACACGGGUUACAGGUGACUCUCUUCUGGCGUAAUAAUAACACUGUUCUUCAUUGUAUUAUAUAACUGUGUGUAGGUUAAACAUAUCAAACACUGACAGGUGGGGGGGGGGUGUGUUAUGUUGUGUACAAAUACGGUAGAUCAUAUGAGGAAUGACUGUCUCUCGUGUGUAUGGCAAAUGUUUAUGUCAUGUCUCUCUCAUGUCUUUGUCUCAAUUCUCUCUAUUGAUAUAUUUAGUCCAUAUUUUUCUCCUCGUGUGUGUGUGUGUGUGUGUGUGUGUGUGUGUGUGUGUGUGUGUGUGUGUGUGUGUUAUUUGUGAUGUUUUUCUUAUAUCAUAGAACACUAUAAAGUUAUAUCAUAAACACUGUACGUUCAAAAGUAUAGUUAUGUACAUACCAUAUUAAUAAAAUAAAUAACAACAUAAACGGGGUUAAAAAAAAUCAUCAUUAAUAAUUAGUUUGUUCACAAAUCACAAAAAAAAACCAAAUGUGUCCGCGAACUCGUAAGAAAAAGGCCGCCAUGACACUAACCAGGAGUGACGUCACAUGUAAACAAAACGCCCGUCAUCUUGGGACUCACUCUUACUAAGCCCUCACUUGUGUCCCAAUGUUUUGUUUUUUUGUAUUUACACAUCUCUCAGCUUAAUACUGCCAGGACUAACUAAGAGAAAUUAAUCAAAUAAGUUUUUUCAAGGAAGUUAUAAGUUACUAAUGGCCGAUAAUACGCCCAGUAGUCGUAAGAAGAAGAAUUAUUGAGUUUUUGUAAACUUAAAUAUCCAUACUAAGCUUCCAUUUGUGUAUAUGAGCGAGUGUGGUGGACAGACUGACUGUGUUAAGACUCUGAUCAUCACCUAACUCAUAUAACUUUACUAACUCUUGUAAUAAUACACUUUCUAUAAAACGUAUAUUAAUAUUAAAAAUAAAAACCAUCAUACGAGUGAAAUUCUACCUUUAAAAACAAUUAUGACAAUGUGUUUCAUAUGUCAAUUAUUAUUAUUUUUUACUUAGUAGUUAACCCAUGACUUAGGUAAAAGAAUAAUGUAAAUAAUUUUUGUUUCUUGCCAACUUUGUCAGUGUUGGUGAGGUGUGUUGGUGAGGGUGAGGUGUGUUGCUGAGGGUAAAGUGUGUUGGU